GGUUGGGAAGAUGGCGGCUCCCAGCCUCCUCAACUGGAGGCGGGUUUCCUCCUUCACGGGGCCGGUACCCCGCGCCCGGCACGGACACCGGGCCGUGGCCAUCCGGGAGCUGAUGAUCAUCUUUGGAGGGGGCAACGAGGGCAUCGCGGACGAGCUGCACGUCUACAACACGGUUACAAAUCAGUGGUUCCUACCUGCUGUUAGAGGAGACAUCCCUCCAGGUUGCGCUGCCCAUGGAUUUGUCUGUGAUGGUACCAGAAUACUAGUAUUUGGGGGAAUGGUUGAAUAUGGAAGAUACAGCAAUGAGUUAUAUGAGUUGCAAGCAAGUCGUUGGUUAUGGAAAAAAGUGAAACCCCACCCCCCUUCUUCCGGUUUACCUCCUUGUCCUCGGCUUGGACAUAGCUUCUCUUUAUAUGGUAACAAAUGCUAUUUGUUUGGUGGUCUGGCAAAUGAAAGUGAAGAUUCAAACAAUAAUGUUCCCAGAUAUUUGAAUGAUUUCUAUGAGUUGGAACUACAGCAUGGUUCUGGUGUUGUGGGUUGGAGCAUUCCAAUGACUAAAGGAAUUGUGCCUUCUCCAAGAGAAUCCCACACAGCUGUCAUAUAUUGCAAAAAAGAUUCUGGAAGUCCUAAAAUGUAUGUCUUUGGUGGAAUGUGUGGUGCUCGCUUGGAUGAUCUAUGGCAGCUUGAUUUAGAAACUAUGUCUUGGUCAAAACCAGAAACUAAAGGGACAGUGCCACUCCCACGAAGCCUUCACACAGCCAGUGUUAUAGGAAACAAGAUGUACAUUUUUGGUGGAUGGGUUCCACAUAAGGGGGAGAAUAUUGAGACUUCACCUCAUGAUUGUGAAUGGAGAUGUACUAGUUCAUUUUCUUACCUAAAUCUCGAUACAGCAGAGUGGACCACCCUAGUAUCAGAUUCUCAGGAAGAUAAAAAAAAUUCAAGACCAAGACCAAGAGCUGGACACUGUGCUGUUGCGAUUGGCACUCGAUUGUAUUUUUGGAGUGGAAGAGACGGCUACAAAAAAGCACUGAAUAGUCAAGUUUGCUGCAAGGAUCUUUGGUAUCUUGAUACUGAUGCAUCAGAUAUUCUAUCAAAUUUCAUCGUCAUGAAGAAAUUUCUCCUGCUCCAAUCUGGGAUGAUUGUCUUCCACAAAUCCAGCCCAGCUAUCAUCUUGGAGUCUCCCUUCAUCAUCUUCCUGGGGAUAUCUUUUGCCUCUCACCUGUGCCGGAUUCCCCGUUUCCUGGAUCCCAUAUUUUCCCCUUUCUUAGUUUACUUUUUCAUUUUUUUUGUGGAAUACAUCCCAGGAAAAGGGUGCAUAGAGAAACCGCCAGCACCAUCACAAGUACAACUGAUCAAAGCCACUACCAACUCUUUCCAUGUCAAAUGGGAUGAAGUGCCUACAGUUGAGGGCUAUCUUUUGCAGCUGAAUACAGACUUGCCGUACCAAGCUGCAUCAUCAGAUUCUUCAGCAGCACCAAAUAUGCAAGGAGUCAGAAUGGACCCUCACAGACAAGGCAGUAAUAACACCAUUCCUAACAGUAUCAGUGAUACAAUGAACAGUACAAAAACCGAACAUACAGCUAUGAAAGGAACUUCUGUGAAAAACAGACCAGAUCUCAACGCAUCAGCUGAUUCUAAUGCCACUUUACAUUCAUCUUUGGCAACUAAUGCUUCUAAUCAUAAUAGUUGUGUUGUGGAUGUGCUAAGGAAAAAUGAAGGUCCUCAUACUUCAGCAAAUAUAGGUGUUCUAAGUAGUUGCCUGGACUUAAGAACAGUAAUCCCUGAAACUUCUGUAUCCAGUUCUGUUUCCAGCGCACAAACUAUGGUAACCCAGCAGACCAUUAAAACUGAAUCAUCCAGUACAAAUGGGGCAGUUGUAAAAGAUGAAACUUCACUAACAACAUUCAGUACCAAAUCUGAAGUUGACGAAGCAUGUGCACUGCCUGCGACUAAGAUCAGCCGUGUAGAAGCACAUGCUGCAGUGAUGCUGUUUUCUAAAGAGACUCCUUCAAAUCCAGUGGCCACAAUGAAAGCAGGAGAACGACAGUGGUGUGAUGUAGGAAUUUUUAAAAAUAAUACGGCUUUGGUGAGCCAGUUUUAUUUGCUGCCAAAAGGAAAGCAAAGCAUCUCAAAGAUAGGAAAUGCAGACGCACCUGACUACAGUUUACUUAAGAAACAAGAUCUUGUUCCAGGCACAGGAUACAGAUUCAGGGUUGCUGCCAUCAAUGGUUGUGGAAUAGGCCCUUUCAGCAAAAUCAGUGAAUUUAAAACUUGUAUUCCCGGUUUUCCUGGAGCUCCUUCUGCAGUCAGAAUUUCAAAGGUCCUGCCCCUCUUUAGAGAAGAAAAGAUCUGCUUUCAGAAUGUUGAGGGUAUCCAUCUCUCCUGGGAACCUCCAACUUCCCCUUCUGGAAAUAUCUUGGAAUAUUCAGCCUACUUGGCUAUCCGCACAGCACAAAUACAAGAUAAUCCAAGUCAGCUUGUGUUUAUGAGGAUUUAUUGUGGUCUUAAGACAUCAUGUAUAGUAACUGCCGGGCAACUUGCAAAUGCACAUAUCGAUUAUACAUCCAGGCCUGCCAUUGUGUUCAGGAUAUCAGCAAAGAAUGAAAAGGGAUAUGGACCAGCUACGCAAGUUCGAUGGCUUCAAGGUAACAAUAAAAAAGCACCUUUAAAUUGAAUUUUUUUUUUUUUUACUGAAGCUAUUGUGAUGAUUAUUUAUUAGUAACUGGUUUUAAGAUUUGUCAUUUAAAAGAGUAUUCUCCGACUGUAUUUCUAGCACUUAUGAGUUUGAGUUUGUAAGUUGUUCUUAAAAUGUAUUUGCUCAAUUUUAGAUCCAAAUAAAAAUAGAAAAGAAGCAAAGACUCUCUGAAAAUUAGUAUAUGGAUUCGUCCUUACAGUUAUAUAACUGCUUUUUUUGUAAAGGAAAAUAGUAAAUUAAGAUAAAAGCUAGAAGGCUUUCUUACCCCAGUAUCUUUUCUAAAGGCCAUGUAACUCAGUCAUCCUAGAGUUAUUGAGAUGAUUCUAGUAACUGGCUGUUGUGCACUGCGCUGUCCUACAUAGUAGAUGUUCUCUCCAUUGUCAAGGACCCGUCUUUGAGUACUCCCUCUAACUUUAUUAUUCUAGAUGAGCAGCGGUCCUCUUAAUAACUAUCUUCUACUGGACAAUAUUUGUGAUACUAAUUUUAGUAGCCGCUAUUUGAUUCAUUUCUUUGUUUGUCUACAGUUAGCACAGAGCUUAAGAAAUUACAAAAGAAAGAAAGAGGCGAGUUCAGAAACUCUGAUUUUGAAUUUUUAUUAUUUUCCAAGAAUCAUGGCAAAAUACAAAAAGAAUAAUGGGUUUUCUUGAUUCAUACCUGAUAUAUUGGAAUAUAUUUUUGGCCAAAGCGCUUAACUUACCCGGUCCUUGGUUUUCUCAUUAAUAGAAGACAGAGUUAAAAAAAUUUACAUUUAAGGUUUCUUUCAGCACUAAAAUUCUGUAUUUUCAUCAGAAGCAAAGUGUAUCUGUUAACAUUUUAACAUCUGUCUUAAUGGCUUUAACUUUGCUUUUGCUGAAAUUAAUAAAACCUUCAUAAUUUAAAAUUCAAAAUUGAAGUAUAUAUGUCCUCCUUAUUGCAGAAAGAAAGAAGCACCUUAACAGAACACAAGUUUUGAAAUAGUGUUUUAAACAUUUGUAAGAUUUUUGUAAAGCUCUAAAUGUUUUAUUUUUGCAUUGUUUUUACCUCAAAAUUGUAUAAACUUUUUUACAACUGAAAUAUAAGCAUUAGACAGCUCACUCAGGUCCCACUGCAACCUUAAAGAUGCAGAUAGGCAUGAUGGAUCCUCUGCCACAGGUAGCUUGUUUUGAACCUUUUUGGAAUGUCAUGGUUCCACUGCCUGUUCAGAUCUGGAAUGGAAAUACAGAGCAAUAAGUGCAGAAAAGGUCGUUCACACUACAAGCUGCAAUAACCGCAUGGGCCCAGGCCUAUCUUUUUUAUACCAUGUAACCUUAUGCCAGUGUAGGUUGACUGAGUAGCUGUGUCCUCGAACUUCACAUAGAAUACUCCCAGCCAAGAUGGAUUUAAUUGUGCAGAAUUGAUAUAUAUGUAUGUUCCAGUUACUAAUUUAAAGUGUAUAGAAUAUUUUAAUAUAUAAUUUUUGUAAAGAACUGGGAUUUUUAUACUACAGUAUUUGUAAUUAAUGUGUCUCACUAAUUAAGUUUCUCUUGAAGAAAAUAUGCAAACUGUUAGACACGUAAUGAGUGAUUUCCAAACUCUAAAGGUAAAAUAAAUGCACUACUCUGGUGUUGUUAGAAUACCUUUUUUGUGGCUGUAUGAAUCCUUAAUCUUUAAAUGUGUAUUUUACAAACAAUGUUUACAAGGAGCCUCUCUGGUUUGUUAUGUCAGCACCUCCCUUGGUGAGAGCUUCAUUCUGCAUUUGUUAAAUUCAUAUGCUUUGCUUUUAGCAUAUGCUUGCUUUUUGCACUAGUAGAAUUUUAACUUACCUCAUUAUUAUGUUUGUAAUCAUUUGUAUAGAUUCCAUAAUAUGUCUGAUAUAGGCUAAACAAAUACUUAACCAAAGUUAAAAUAAAUGGUAAGCAAUUUUGCACAUAUUCAAUGCUAGGGUUUGUUGUGUAUAUGUGUGUGUUUAGCUAUAAAAAGAGUAAGAGUGGAAAGUUAGAGUAUAUGUUUCAAGUCCAAUUAUUUUAAUGAUCUGUUUGCUUUAUUAGAAAAAGGUCUCGCUUUUACCUCCUUAUUCUCUGCAUUAAUUAAUAAUUUGCAUCUCGAAGCACUUCUCUUAAUGACAGGACUAAGUUGACUUUAAGCAAAGAAUAGAAUAUUUGUUUGAGUGUGCACAUUUAUACCUGUUUAGUAUUCGUUUAGUUUACUUUGCUUUACAUUGCCUCAACUGUGCUGUGAACCUGUGGUUCUAACAUACAUCUUAUUUUUAGAGAGAAAGGCAGUCUUUCUAUACCAAGGGAUUUGUGAAAAUGACAAAUGUUUUUACUUUGAGAAUUAGCCCAGAUUGUGUUAUCAUUUUUUGGCAUUUGUAUAUUAAGCAGCAGUCAUAUUUAUGGGUGACUGAAAAAUGCCAUUGAGAAAUCUCCGUGGCUUGACAUUAAUAGUUAAUAACAGAUCUUCAAGCUGCAUGUUCAUGAAUAGAAUGGACUAGGGUAAAUAACAAGAGAAGUGCAUUUAGCUUCCUAUGAUUUGCACAUUUUCUGAGUGAAGAUCCCUGAGUAGCAGUGGGCUAGAUCAUGCAGAUAUCUUUCAUAAGAGGAUUUAUGCUGAGUUAAAUGACUUUCUUUACUCCUCCCUGCUGGAUAGGCAGUCCAGAUGUUCAAGCCCUUGUGCCACAGUCCUCUUCCUGGGCUCUACAACUUGGUUUCACAUAUGUAGUAAAAAGAUUUAGAUGUUGCAUGCUCUUAGAAUUAUAUUUUCUAAAAUAUUGUAUUGGCUUCAUUUUAGUUGAGUAAACUGUUUUGGUAAUUUAACUAGAAAUAGGGUAUUAUAAACUCACUUUUAUCCACAUUAAAACAGAACGGAAAGAAUCUGAUUGCAUGUAUGAGGCCCCCUUGCCCUAUAACCCAAUUACAUAAAUACAAUCAUCUAUAAGAAGGUAAAACUGUUGAUCCAUUAUUUCAGACUUGUAGCCUAGCAAAGAUUUGAUCUGGUUAGAGAUAUGGUCUACUAUAACUGAAGGUAUUAUUUUAAAAAAAUUGCAGCACUUGUAGCAUAAAAAUCAUUUGUAACAUUGGCUAUGAAGAGAUAAUUAGUAUUUAAAGUUAUUGUAGUAAUCUGACCAUGAAUGAAAUAGGUUGCAAAAUAGACUUGGUCUUUGACUGCUUAAGGUAUAACUGACAGUUAAGUUUUCCAAGACUGAUUUUAGGCAGUUUCAUGUAUUAUGUACCAAUGAUAAUGUAAAAUAAAGCACCUUUUCUAUUAUAA